AUGAGUGAUCAAAAUAAUGCAAAGGCCAAGAUUAAGGCAAAGCCUGGGUUCAGUAAUCCAGCUCUAAAGGCCAUGGGCAUAUCAAGAAUUAGACUACCUUCGAGGAAUUGGAUGAUAUUUUUAUCAGUAACUACAUUAGCUAUAUCAGGUGCCUUGUAUGAUAAAAGAAAACAGAAGGAAAUACGUUCACAUUAUAUCGAUAAGGUAAAGGAUAAAUCUCUGGAAAAAUUGGAUAAUGAUAAAAGAACAAGGAAGAUUACAGUAUUCAUUGCACCACCUCCAAGUGAUUAUCUUGACAGUUCGUUAAAAAUCUGGAGGAGAUAUGUAAAACCAAUUUUAUACUAUGCUGGUGUGGAUUACGAGGUUAUUGAAGAACAUAGACAAGGUGUUAUUAGAACAGAAGUGGCAAAUAGAAUUAGAGAAAUUAGACAAAGACUGAUUGAUGAAGGGCAUGUUCAAGGAAAACCUUCUAAUGUUGAAAAUACAAGUGAAUUGGAUGAAGAAAAUGGCAAAGAUUUUAAAAAGAACUUUGAUUAUAGAAGAAUUAUGGGUAUCUUUUCUAAGAAAAGCCCACCAGAACAUAUAACAAGUGAGGAUGCAUUGGCUUUAGAACCACAAUUAGCUGGUGGUGUUAUUUGUUUGGGAAGAGGUGCAUACAAAGAAUAUAUUAAUGGUUUACACGAAGGUUUGCUUGGCCCACUGGAGCAGCCAGAAGAUCAAACAAAAAUUAAAGUUGCCAAGGAAGAUAUACCAAAUAAUGGAAAUGCUGGCGAUGGUAUAGUCGACACAAAUAGUCAAAAUCUAAAUGAAACCGUAUUACCUGUAUUAGAUUCUGAUGCUCCUUUGAAAGAGUCAACUAACGAAAACACUUUAGCUGAUAAAGAUAGUAACGGUAAUGAUGGUGGCGACAAUGACAAUGACGAUGACGAUGAGGAUAAAAAAGUGGUUAUUCUGCCAUCUUUUAUAAAACCUGAGGAGUAUGCCGAUACUGAAAUACCGUUGGAAGUGUCCCAAGCAUUACUAAAAGGUAAUAAUGUAAUUAGAGAUCCAAAAGAUAAUGUACCAAUUUUAUUAUACCAACCUGUUCUAUUGGUUCCAAUUCCAAACUUGAUUGGAUUUUUGACCAUACCUGAACGUAUUUAUAGGUUUUACAGGAAGAGAGUUUACGCUGAGGAAACAUGUUCAUCAGUAGCAGCAUUAGUUAACCAAGAAAAUAUAAAACCAUUCCAAAGCCCAGACGACUUGAAUUUAGGAGUAUUAGAGGAAGAAGACUGGCCAAAGAAAUGGGUUAAGCAAGGUAUGGAAAGAAAAAGUGAAUGGACAAGAGAAUUAAAGGAUGACCAAAGAGUAACAGACCACAUGUCUAUAGUUCAUAAUAUGCCUAAUCCAAGAAAUGAUGAUAAUAAUUAA